AUGGCAUUUCUAUGUCCCGUCCGCAUUCGGAGGAGUAAAAAGAAGAAGCGUAAGUUACGAUAUUUGUUGAGACUGUUCUCUGUACGUAUGUCGAAACGCAUGCUGAUACCAAACUUGUUUCUGAACAUCCAGCUGUGGUUUAUCUUCUCACUGUUUUCAAUUAUGUUCAAAUGUACGUUCUUAGAUGGAGAAACUAUGGACGAUAUCAGAGUUGGCCUCGGAAAUUCCGGGGUUGCUGCGCCGCAUCUGGGCCGAAUCACGGGAAGCGCAUCGAUAGAAACACUUGUUCGUGUUGGGCUUGAAAAGGAGCACGGACUGUCACCAGACUCGAAAAUGGUCGUUCUACAUGAUUUCAAGCCAUGCGUGGACGAUGAGCUCAAAGUGAAACGUGGAAGUAUUGUGAACGUGCUUUAUCAGGAGAAUGAUUGGGUGUACGUUAUCGGCGAAGGAGAUGUUGGCGAAGGAUUCAUACCACAUUCAUAUUGUGCCCCGUUCGGGUCUCCAAUGGCAGAUCUUGCCCUUAAUGUGAAGCACAAGAAGAUACCGCGAGCUGACCCGAAUGUCUCCGUUGCUUCCGAGUCUCAUCAUCUAAACACGACGAUCGGUACCCUCAAUCAUAGUAUGAUCAUCCCUGGCCAAGAGAAUUCCGAUAAUGAAAGUUACCUUGAUGUCACUGCCCACAAGCAAAACACCGUCCAUGAGUCCCAGUGCUCAUUGCAAAGCGGAGGUUCUUCUCAGCCUGAAACUCUUCCAUUUUUCAAAGAUCCGUCGGGAAGAUUUCUUGUGUUGUACACAUUUAUAGCCAGAGACGAGAACGACGUGAGUGUUGAGAAAGGAGAAUUCGUUACUGUUCUGAACCGCGAAGAUCCCGAGUGGUAUUGGAUUGUGCGGUCGAAUGGUCAGGAAGGCUUCAUCCCGUCGGCUUUUGUUUAUCCAGCCAAGUUGAUAGGAGCUAUAAGGAACACCCAAGGAACCGGUGGAGGGCAUGUUCAAGCUCAGAAACCCGCAACUACGUACAGCAAUCAAGGUGCCAUUAUAAAUCCUGUUUCUGGACAGCGAGUUAGCACUCAAGAAGAUAUGAAUGCAAGUUUUGCUGGCCCCGUCGAGAACUCCGUAGGAUCCGGCCACCAUGGACCAGGUGCCACUGAUGCUGACGUUGCCCGGUGUCAAGGAACAGAACUUGUUAUGCUUUACGAAUACAAGGCACAAGCCCCGGAUGAUUUAUCUGUCGGAAGAGGCGAUUGGGUGUAUGCGGACUUGAACAACCAAACCGUGGACGGAUGGUUGUGGGCUUAUGCGCCGAAAACCCGAAAAUACGGGUUCAUUCCUCGUGCUUAUGCAAGGCCUCCCGCGACGACAAGUCUGUGAGCGUUUAGGACAUGUAACUCGCAAUUUAGUUUUUUUUUUCUCGGGUUAGCAAGGUGGCUGAGAAAUUUUUUUCUUAGCUUUCGAGAUCCAAGCACUCGAAUUAAAAAUAAGUGGGUGAUUAAAUUGGCGUGGUUUGCAGGGUUGGAAUGUGCUGUGUAAUCCGCCUUUCGUUUUUCAAUGCCAUUCCCGAGAAUUUUAAAUUCUUGGACAAUUAUUUUUGAAGAUAUGAGGUGAUCUUGGAUAUUCCCCUCCGUAUUGCAGCACUUGGAUGCAUUAUUAGCCAAAAAUGUGAAAAUUCCUAUGCCUUCCAGAAGAAUCUCUUCGAGAUCUCUCGUGUCAAGUGCCUAAAUUCAAAUGCAUUUACUGUAUUAUCUUUUCCUUCCAAAGAUGGCCGCUUUGAAAUCACGAGCUCCGCCCGAGCAGCUGUAUUUGUACUCAGACGAGCGAUUUAUGGUUUUCUCAUGUGCGAAUGGCUUCCGCUUUCUGCUUUGAGGAAGAAAUCUUCGGGUUUCCCUUCCGUUUAUCGGAAGUUUAUCUUGAAUCUUUCUCGAGUGUCUCCAAUGAUAGCUAUGAAAGUUGAAGACGCCUUUUGCGUGCGAAUUUUGGGAAAGAAAUAUGAAACGUUGCCGUCCUUACAAUGACGAGAUGGCUGUCGAAAGGAUCUGACUGGAAUAUCACUUCUGUGCCAAGAGUGCCAUUGGAUUUGGCGUGCUCGUGACAAAGAAUACUCCCGGCUUUCUUGUUCGCGUGGAAUGAAUGCUUGCUGUGCCAUUUAGAGACUCGAGUUUGUUGGGAUGUCGCGAUAUAUUUUGUGCAGAAUUUAGGACAUGUGACAGGCUUUUUCCAAAGCUUCUGUAGUAACGUUUUACUAACUGCGUUUUUACCAAAUUUUUCCUUGUGGAAUUGCCGGAUUCGUAGGAAGUUCGAACCUCUGAUCGGUGGAGUCGCUUGGUUUAUUUGUUGAAAUGUAUUGCUGCCAUAUUUUGAACCGUG